AUGAAGGGGAAAGAAGAGAAGGAGGGCGGGGGCGGCGGCGGCGGCGGGGCCCGUUUGGGCUCGGGGGGCGGCGGCACGGGCAGCCCCGAGAAGAGUCCCAGCGCCCAGGAGUUGAAGGAACAGGGGAACCGGCUGUUUGUGGGCCGCAAGUACCCAGAGGCCGCGGCCUGUUACAGCAAAGCCAUCACCCGAAAUCCCCUUGUGGCUGUUUAUUACACCAACCGGGCGCUGUGCUAUCUGAAGAUGCAGCAGCAUGACAAGGCACUUGCCGACUGCAAGCAUGCUCUAGAGUUGGACAGCCAGUCAGUGAAGGCCCACUUCUUCCUGGGCCAAUGCCAGUUGGAGAUGGAGAACUAUGACGAGGCCAUUGCCAACCUGCAGAGAGCCUACAAUCUUGCCAAGGAGCAGCGGCUGAACUUUGGGGACGACAUCCCAAGUGCGCUGCGCAUUGCCAAGAAGAAGCGUUGGAACAGCAUUGAGGAACGGCGUAUUCAUCAGGAGAAUGAACUUCAUGCCUACCUCACCAAGCUCAUCAUGGCAGAGAGAGAGAGGGAGCUGGAGGAGUGUCAGCGGAGCCAAGAGGAAGACAACGGAGAUGAAAGCCGGAACCGUGCCCAGCAGGCCAGCAUCGAAGCCAAACACGAUAAGUACUUGGCGGAUAUGGAUGAGCUUUUCUCCCAAGUGGAUGAGAAGAGAAAGAAGCGGGACAUCCCAGACUAUCUGUGUGGGAAGAUCAGUUUUGAACUGAUGCGGGAGCCAUGCAUCACUCCCAGUGGCAUCACAUAUGACCGAAAAGAUAUUGAGGAGCACCUGCAGCGAGUGGGCCACUUUGACCCUGUGACCAGAAGUCCCCUGACCCAGGAGCAACUCAUCCCCAACCUGGCUAUGAAGGAAGUGAUUGAUGCCUUUAUUUCUGAGAAUGGCUGGGUAGAAGAUUACUGAAGCUUCUAGCCUCUUUCCUUGGAGCCCCUCUGUCCCCCAGGGCCAACACAUGCCUUACUGUCUGUCUGGUCUGUCUCUUGUCCUAACCUGCCUGCUGGGUACUGAGCCAGCCUCCCAUCUCUGUACUGCCUGUGGAUUGGGGACCCUGGGAUGCUUUGGGGGGCUUGAUGGUUUCUGGAGUUUUAGAGAAUGUUUGCCUCCCAAAGGGUAAGACUUUAUCCUGGCACUGGCCAGGUUCCUGCUGUGGAGGUUGGCAUGGUUUCUAGCACCUACCUUCCAUUUCCCUUUCCCCAUGUAUAUAAUUUGUGUUCACUCCCUCCUUUCUCAUUUAACAGCCAUUACCUGUUCUGAGCCAUGACCCUGGCCCUGGGGGAGGGCUCUCCCUGGCCCCUCUUACCCUGUUCUGCACUGUCUGAAGGGGCUGGAGUAGGAAUGGACUGAAAGAAGCUCUAUGGAGGGUAAUAAAAUCUGUGAGCAAUAUA